GAAAAUCCACCGUUAACAACAGCCACGGUUCAGAUAAUGCUGUCCCGGGUAACAUAGCUGUAACACAAGACUGGACGGAAAGGAGAACUGCAAAAACAACGGCAGAGGCUACUUGGCUCCUGCCACACCCCCUCUACCUCCAUUUUUGGACACCACUUUGCGGGAAGAUUAAACAACACAAGCAAUCAAAGCCUUUGGAAGAAUGAGUAGCUACAAUAUUUCUCUGAGUGGGCCGGCCCCAUGGGGCUUCCGAUUGCAGGGAGGCAAGGACUUCAACAUGCCCCUGACCAUCUCCAGGAUCACCCCAGGGAGUAAGGCACAGCAGGGCAACCUGAUCCAGGGUGACGUCAUCAUGGCCAUCGACGGGGUCAGCACUGAAGGCAUGACCCACCUGGAGGCCCAGAACAAGAUCAAGUCUGCCAGCUUCAACCUGGCCCUCACCAUGCAGAAGUCAAAGCGCCCAUUUCCACUUUCCACAUCCACCCAAAGAAUGGAUUCUCCCAUGCAACAGAUCCCUCACCAGAAGGUUAUUUCCAACACUCCUGCCAACAACGAGUAUGUGCCCAACUUCAACCCCAUUGCGCUGAAGGACUCUGCCCUGUCCACCCACAAGCCCAUCGAGGUGAAGGGUCCUGGGGGCAAGGCCACCAUAAUCCAUGCCCAGUACAACACCCCCAUUAGCAUGUACUCCCAGGAUGCCAUCAUGGACGCCAUCGCUGGACAGUCCAAGGGCCACGAGGCCGGUUCGCUCCCAGUAAAAGACGCUCAGGUAGACAGUGCCUCCCCAGUUUAUCAGGCUGUGAUCAAGACUGCAGACAGGGACAUGGAGUUGAAUGACUGGGCCCGCAGCUCCUCCCAGGUGCAGUCCAAGUCCUUCCGCCUCCUCGCCCACAUCACGGGAACGGAGUUCAUGCAAGACCCAGACGUGGAACAUCUGAGGAAAUCAAGGGAAAAGUUUGACACAGAAUUUAAAGGUCCACGUUUUGCCAAAUUGAAAAAUUGGCACAAUGGCCUGUCUGCUCAAAUCCUUAACCUGCCAGAAAAAGCCCUGUCUUGCCUGUAUCGCCUGUCUGUCAGUGUCUUCCUCAUCUACGACAGCUCUCCACCUGGGCAGCUCCCCCUGGGCAUUGCAUUCAUUCCGUUCUCUCCAGUCCUCAACCCCACCUUCUCCCGCAGUCAUUCACUCAAUGUUUUGGCCUCAUGUCAAAAACCUUUUCUGUUGCGUUAUAGCUACAGUCUGCAACAGUCUGCCUCAGUCUCCAGCCUAUAUGGCCAGGCUCCCCCCAUGCAAAAAGCCCCUCCCAUGUACCAGGGGCAAUCCAUGUACCAGGGGCUUUGUAUGCAGAAGGGACCUCCCAUGCAGCAGGGACCUUCCAUGUACCAGGGGCCUGCUAUGCAGCAGGGACCUCCCAUGUACCAAGGGCCUCCAAUGCAGCAGGGACCACCCAUGUACCAGGGGCCCCCCAUGCACCAGGCCCCAACUAUGCAGCGACAUCCCAUGCAGCAGCCUCCUCCCAUGCAGCAAAGCUCCAUCCAGAUCCCUGUGGGCCCUCCUCCACCCAAGGUGGUCAGCACAGCCUGCAUUGUGCCAGCCCCUGUUCCAACCCCAACCACAGCCCCGGCCGCCCCUGAACCCCCCUCCAGCAGGCCACCCUGGAUCACGGACAACUCUUUUGCCAACAAGUUUGACCCCAGCAAGAGCACCAGCACCAGCAUGAAAGUGCCUGCUCUACCUCAGAGUGCCCCACCAGCACCGGCCUACAUCCCAAACCCUGGCUCCGCCCGCGCCCCUCCCUCUGCCCCAAGCCCUGCCUAUAAUCCCAGCCCCGCCCCCUACAACCCCGCCCCUGCCCCCUUCCCUCCCAUUGCCCGGGGCGUAGCCCAAAGGGCGGAGCGCUUUGCUGCCAACAGCAGCAGAGCACCCCUCUGUGGCGCUUGCAACAACAUGAUCCGGGGACCCUUCCUGGUGGCCUUGGGUCGCUCCUGGCACCCAGAAGAGUUCAACUGUCACUACUGCCACACAUCGCUGGCAGACUGCAGCUUUGUGGAGGAGCAGAACGCAGUGUACUGUGAGAACUGCUACGGAGAGUUCUUUGCCCCCACCUGUGCACGCUGCAACACCAAGAUCAUGGGGGAGGUGAUGCAUGCUCUGCGGCAGACAUGGCACACCACCUGCUUUGUGUGUGCUGCCUGUGGCAAGGCCUUCGGAAACAGCCUAUUCCACAUGGAGGACGGGGAGCCUUACUGCGAGAAAGAUUACAUUUCACUCUUCAGCACCAAAUGCCAUGGCUGUGACUUCCCAGUAGAAGCUGGAGACAAGUUCAUUGAAGCACUGGGUCAUACCUGGCACGAUACCUGCUUUGUCUGUGCGGUGUGCCAUGUGAACCUGGAGGGCCAGCCCUUCUACUCCAAGAAGGACAAGCCCCUGUGCAAGAAGCACGCUCACGCCAUCAACGUGUAAAUGCUCCAUCUGCAGCCUUAUGGGGUGGUGGGCAGGUACUUACGUAUCUAUGCUCAAGCCUUGGCAAUGAGCCCUGUAGAGGGGGCAUUGAUCCCAGUGUAAAUGAUGAAAAACACAAGCUGAAGAUGAUAGCGACAAGAUUGACCGUCAGUCGUGACAAAAUAUUAGUUAGGUUUGUAUUUAUUAAUUUCACUGACAAAUGAAUUCUAAUGUAUAUUUUAUAUCAGAGAAUUCUGAUGUAAACCCUUUGCUAUUCCACUGAGUUCCUAGAGGGCCUCAAUCCAGUGAGGUUGGAGCUACGGCCGACAGACACAUGCAGACUGAGUGGAGUAGCAGGGUUCUUCAGUAAAUAAGAUGCCUUAUUUCACAGCAACACUGUGUGCUUUGUUUUGAAUGUAAAACCCCAAAUAGCGAACCACAAAUAGCUUGCAGUGAUGUAGUAAGAUCGUUGUAGGAUUGUAUACACUAGAUUCAACAUGAUAAUGCCUCACACUGUGAACUGAUACAGUAUAUCAUGACACAUUUAGGCCUACUAAUACUGUUGGAUUUCACAGAGCUAUUAUUAUACAUUAUAGUUUAGUAAGUGAUAUUUAUUGCAACUUUGACAGUUAUAUUAUUUAUUUACAUAGAAAAAAAUGAAAGCAUAACAUCCAUGGAUGUUUAUAUUGCUGAUAAAGCAAAAAAGUUAUAUUGCCUUUUGUUGACAGCUGCAUCAUACAGAGAGGUUCAUAGUAUUAUAUGAAGUACUUCACUCAAACUUUUUCAUCCUGGAUUCAAUUGAUAUCCAGUCAAAAAACAAUACAAAGAUGGCAAUAUGUUACAUUAUGAUACAGUAGUAACAUACAACUUUAGGGAUACAGGUAGAAGAUGAGGAAACUUGUAUUUAUGGGGUAGGGAAGUUAGGAUUUUUGGAAUGUGUCUCAUAAAUGUGGAAAUCAAGGAAGUACCCUGGAUCUUUUUACAGCAUGUAAGAGAGGCAAGCACUGGCUUGGGGUCUUAAAAAUACAUUUUACACAGCAAAUGUCUAUGCAUCUCUGUAUGAAGCGCUACAAUUAAACAAGAAUUUAUAGGAAAUAUCUGUCAAGGCCAAAAACAGCCAUUCACAAUAAUUUCGCUCUCACUAGCACACACCUUAAAGGUCAGUUGUGACCUUGUGCUUGUGUACAGAUGCUUUACUUUGAGUUUAUUUUAUACACCUGUGUAUUUUCUGUGUUUGUGUAUGUAUGCAUGCAAGAGUUUGUACAUGAUUGUCAGUGCAUGUCUACUGAGGCAACAUCAGUAUUAGUUACUGUAUGUAUUUGUGCCACUAGAGUAGCAAGGUUUAUUGUGAUUUGACAUAACUCUGAGAACACUAGACUAAGUACUUUUGAUAUGUGUAUGUAUGUAGAUCAACGAGUAAGGAAAGCAUAGUCAGUGACAGUUCAGAAUAAACCUUACAUGGUACCAUU